UGCCGCCACCGGUCACCCUUCCUGGUCUUACUGGUGGCCACGGAGCCGGCGGACGUGGCCGGUCGCUACGCCAUCCGGCAAACGUGGGGCAACGAGAGCUCGGUGCCGGGAUUCACCAUCCUGCGUCUCUUCCUCCUGGGUGUCCACCCGCGCUUCGAGGCGGAAUUACGGCCGGUGUUGGAAGAGGAAAGUCAACUUUUCGGCGACAUCCUCCAGCAAGAUUUUUUGGACACGUACAACAACCUGACGUUGAAGACGCUGAUGGGGAUGGAGUGGGAGACCAAACAUUGUCCCACGUACGUCGUCAAAGCCGACCGCGACGUCUUCCUCAAUUUAGAUUAUCUCGCCCGGCGUUUUUUGGUUCCGCCGAAACGCGAUUUCAUGACGGGUUACGUCUACCGUAACACGGGGCCCUUGCGCCACAAGAGCUACAAGUG